AUGAGCCCUUUGGCAACAAAUACCAGAACGGUUGCUUUGUUGCUAGCAGGUCACAAGUACUUUGAAGUAGACAAGAGGAAAGGAAACGACGUGAUGUGGAAGUUUGAUGAACGAGUUUACUACAAGCACUUUCCAAUGCCUCGUUUACGGAGACUACACCCGCAAGUUUCUAGCAACUGCGACAGGAGUGUAUAUUCUUGUAUAGAAUUUCUGGCAGGCAUCAAGCAAGAUAUAUUUAAUAAAACAGACCUGGAAAGAUUCCAAAUGAGAACAACAGCGACCUACUACAUGUGCUGGUACACCAUGAAAGGAGAGGAACCUCUCAAGAACUUCAUGGAAAGAAGGAAUUGUCUCGAAGGGAUCAACAACGUGCCAGACGCAGCAGCUGUUGAUUAUAGAAUCACAGAUUACAGAGCUGACUCUUCCAGUGAUCCGCUCCUGUGUGCCGCAAUUUUAUUUUGUCCUGACCCUUGCUACGGUCGUGAGACAAGCGGAUCUGUUCAAUCUUCGAGUGCCUUGUCGAACGAUCCAGGCAACCCGUGUAGACAUUUUAAGGACCGUACUUGCAAAUGGGACUUCAGCGACAAUGACGAUUUUCUAGACCUCCAGAAGAACAAGUUCAACAUAACUUGUAAGUGCGACCAGACAGGGUUCAGAUUCAAUUCCCGGUUUGAACUGUGCGUUGAUAUCGACGAGUGUGAGGACAUCCACACGAAAUGCGACAAAGGAAAGCAGUGUGAGAACACUGCAGGAAGCUACGAAUGUCUGUGUCCACGAGGACAGAGGUUCGACAUUUCCAAGGACAAAUGUAUCGAACACGCACCACUCCCCAAGCAUAGCUUCGCACGUACAGGCAAGGUCCGGGCACACAUACAAAGGUCCGCCUUUAUGAGAAUGGUAGAGUACAUACUUGGCUUAAGGAAAGACACCGGUGCAUAA